UUCAAGAUGGCGGAAGCCGCAGCUGACGAUGAUGUGACCUUGCCAAGAGCUGCUGUUAAUAAGAUGAUUAAGGAGAUGAUACCAAAUGUGCGAGUAUCCAAUGAUGCAAGAGAACUUAUUCUAAACUGUUGUACAGAGUUCAUUCAUCUAGUUUCAUCAGAGGCAAAUGAAAUUUGUAAUCGUCAGUUGAAAAACACAAUUCUACCAGAGCAUGUUUUUCAAGCUCUACAGGGAUUGGGUUUUACUUCCUACAUUGAAGAAGUGAGAUCAGUUCUUCAAGAAUGUAAAACACAAGCUGCUAAUAAAAGAAGAGCCAGUACACGACUAGAGAAUCUGGGUAUCCCUGAGGAAGAGUUGUUACGGCAACAGCAGGAACUCUUUCAGCAAGCAAGAAUUAAGCAGGCUCAGGCUGAACAAGAGGAAUUCCAGCAGCUUCAACAAGCUCAAACAUUGGCUCAACAACAACAACAACAACAACAACAAAUGCCACAGCCUAGUACAUCAGCUGUGUCAUCAGUUAAAGCACAAACUAAUCAAUAGCAAGUUAUCAUGUUUGCUCAUAUUAUCUCUGUCAAGCAAUUGUCAAAGGAGAUCACCAUGUCAUCUUUGCAAAGAGGGGAGGGGGGUAAUGAGGGAAGUGGGGGGGGGAGCAGGGAGUUGAGAGCCUAAGAUGAUAAGGGGCAGUGGGUUACAGGAGGCUGCAGAGGAUGGAACAGGGGGAGUAUAAACUGUACAGACCAGUCAUUGAAACAAAGUUUAGGCAUUAACAAAACCUUGUUUCAAACUAUCUGCUAUUUAGCCCAACCUUUUAUCUGAACAUUUUAGUUCUGUGAACAGUGUCAAGAAGGUUAAAAAUUGACAGAGGAAAUAACUUUUAUUUUAAUUAAACAACCUUCUUAUAGAGAAUACCUGAGACCUACUGCUUGGGAAAAACCGUAGUUUGGGUUAGACGUUGUCUUAACAACCAGCCCUAACAGGUCAGGAUACAGAAACAUAGGUCCAGAGUGUUUUGCAUUAAUGCAGGGCUCUGAGCUUAACUUUUUUCAAAGCUGCCAUUUGGCAAACUAAAGUUACCAUUUAAGUUACUAAGGAAAGAUGAAGAAUGAGACAUUUUGUGCAACAUUAAAAACUAUCUUAUGCAAAUGUUUACCUAUUUGGACCAGUUGAGCCAAAUUUUGUAAAAUUGGCAAUUUUACAUCUUAAAACUAGUUGCAAAAGUUUUUUGGAAGAUGGAGGAUUACAGUCAAGAAGUUAGAAAUGCAGUGAGAGGGAGAACAAGGUAUAGGAAGGAGUAAACUCUUACUCCCCACACCCCCUCCCCCUGCCUACAUAUUAUUAUUUUAUUGGCAAAGACAAAAAGAUUUAAAUCUUAGUUUUCUACCUGUUGAGCCUGGUAGAACUAUCAUGGCUUUCCAAUUUCAGGAAGAUGCUGUAUAAUUAUGUCAAAAACCCACGUUUAACUUUAUAUUUGAUAGAAUGACAUCCUACAAGCCAUGCACCUUGGGUUAAGCUUCAUUGUUCUACAAACCUGCCUACUUACUAUUUUCAAUGGCUCUAUGGAUUGGUUGUAAUUUCUUUGUAUUAUUGUCUCCAUUAAAAGUUACUUCAUUGUUAUUA